AUGGAUCCCCUCAAGCAAUAUCUUCAUAUCCUGAAAGAAGAUAUUGCAUGGCACAAAUUCGUCGACGAUGGCCAGAAAUGGCCGUCCAGCGUGCGUGAGCUAUGUGGCGGACUACUCACAGCUCGACGGGUUCCACUCUGGGUAACGACGGGUCCCUAUCCUGCCGUUGAUCCUCGAACGGAACCCCUGCUGGAGGAAUUGCAAAACACAUUCAAAUCGCAUGCUGGCUCACUCGAGGAUGCGGUCUUCGAUCAGCAAUUACGGGGCAUGUUCGGGACCCUUCUCAGUGAUUGCGCCAGGUUGCGGAAUGUCAUUUCAUCCGAUAUUCUCUGUGGCAGCGCCAAUCCGAAGGAAUCAUUCCUGAUUGUCAUGAUAUCCAACGUGAUGUCCUCCGUGACAGCAGAUUUUUCCAUAGAUGAAAACGUUCUAGUCGCCUUGCCACGCUAUCGUGGCGGCGGGCUGAACGUACCUACGAGAUUCAUGUCGAAUUCCAUCCAGGUACCGCUUUUGAUGUCUGUUUUCGCGGAGAUUCCCGACGAUAACUCCAAUAUGGACGGAUCUGAUGCAAUGGUGAACGAUCCUGAUACUGACGAGGCCGACUCUGACGAAGAGUCACCCAACCCGGACACGGAGGAUGAAUCUAGUGAACCAUCCGAACCACCUCGGCCGGUUUCGGUCACUUCACCUAUGUCUAUGUCGACAUUUCUCUCCCGUUGCGCGAAGCCCGUUCUCAUUGAGGAAAGCGAUAGUGACUCAGAGUCGGUGUACGACCCCCCUCCACCGGCGGAGUUGAACGCACACAUCCUCGUGUAUCCGCCAUCGAGAGAACUGCCGAAGCGAUGCCCUCUGCCGUUUCUGUGCGUUGCGGAGGAAGAUGAUCUACCUCUCGUGAUGAUGGCGAUUCUCUACCAGCGACAUGUGUGGAAGAUUCACGAGCCUGUCGUUGGUGUCGGGUUUUCCAAGUAUGAUACCUCCAUCUCUUUCUACAUCGGAUGGUUGGACGAGGAUGCCGACAAAGAAGACUCAUUGCCUCGUGUACAUCUUGGUUCCUUAGGGCGAGACGGGUCCCUGGAUCUGGCCUCGCUUGAUGGAGCGUUUGCACUGUGUCAUGCUGCGUUGGCCUUGCAAGGACUAGUGGCGAAAACAUGUGGCGUUUCAGAAGCUACGGUCACGGUGGUCGCGGAGGAAAUACGGGACGGUUCCGUCUCUAUGUGGCGUCUGGAUACACAAGAAGACGUUAAUUCCGCUGACUCGUCUGAGGGCCAGCGUGACUGGAUUGAAGCGUGGGCAGAAGGCCUUGCCUACAAAUACCCUGCAACCACGAUGACUGACUCUAAGAAGACUGCAACGGCGGAUCCUAAGACUGCACAAAAGGCAAGAAAGAAGGGUUCAACGGACUCGUUGUCUGUUCCUUCAAUGGGCUCCUCCAGAUCUACUGAUUCUACGCCUUCGAGCCUGCCGAUGAUUGUCAUUCCAGAAGAGGAGGAAUCCAAACAGGAAGGCAAGAGUCAGGGCUCAAAGAAAUCUGCGUACAAACCGAUGUCAUGUUCUUCAUUCGCCGCUGCAGCUGCGAAGGUGGGGAAUAGCGCACUUAUACAUGGCUAUCUAUUCGAUAGAGGCGUAGUACUCUCUGCACUGUGUAAAAACUCCGUCAUCUUUUCGUUGUAUGAGAUUCAUGCAGGAGACGCGUGGCCGUCGCACUGGAAAACACUUAGUGAUAUACCCUCGGUUGAUCCCUCCCUUGAACCAUUCCGACGAGAGUUGUUUGCACAAGCGCAGAAACAUCAUGAACUCAGUGCCGUAGUGCCGCGGGAUGUACCCGCAGAGAUCCUUCCACUGCUGGAGGGAAGUCUAUCUCUGAUUCUUGCCGUGGCGAAGCGGGCGCAAAGGAAGGCCCGUUCAGUGAUUCCUCCAUCGGAGUCCGUUUGGCGUCAUGAUUUCGAUUCCCUUAUCUUUGACUUCUUCACCAAUGCGUUAAAUGGAACAAUCAGCCUGUAUUCUCGAAGCGGUCGCUCGAGUGAUGCGUCAAGGCUUCAACUCCCUGAUGACGACAGGGUUAUUCCAUCAACAGAGCGCAUGAUAUAUUUACCCAAGGCCGUUGAUAUGGACGAAACGUCUGCGAGAAACCUAUAUUCCUACAUUGGCGAUCUCCUUGGAAGAGCCCGUGACCUGGAGGAAAUAGCACAGGUCCAGAUUAUAACUCAUGAGCUCGAUUGGUCGAUAUAUCGCAGGAGGGAUGGAUACGCGUUGGAGCGUCUCAAAGAAGAUCCUUAUCGGGCUAUUUGCGAUGCUCUCGGGACAGUCUCGAUUGACCUUCCAGUGAGACGGGAGUCUCUCGCGGCCGUGCAGUUGGUGGCCACAGGAUCGCCCAAAGCCCCAUAUAUGGGCGCAUACGAAGACAAUGAAUCCAUGCCUCGUACGAAUGCAUUAAAUGGAACAAUCAGCCUGUAUUCUCGGAGCAGUCUGUCGAGUGAUGCACCAAAGCUUCAACUCCCUGAGGACAACAGGGUCAUUCUGUCAACGGAGCGCAUGAUACAUUUACCCAAGGCCAUUGCUAUGGACCAAAGGUCUGCGAGAAACUUAUAUUCCCACAUUGUUGGUGGGCCCAACUCCGGUGAAACUUAUGACGAGAUGAUGAGGCAGCGGAUCGGAUGCAACGAAGAUCUCCUUGAACAAGCCCGUGACCUGGAGGAAAUAGCACAGCACCAGAUUCACAAUCAUGCGUUCGAUUGGUCGAGAUAUCGCAGGAGGCAUGGAUACGCAUUGGAGCGUCUCAAAGAAGAUCCCUAUCGGGCUAUUUGCGACGCUCUCGGGACGGUCUCAAUCGAUCUUCCAGUGAGACGGGAGUUUCUCGAGGGCGUGCAGUUAGUGGCCACAGGAUCAUCAAAAGCCCCUUACAUCGUGGGCUUGCACGAAUCCAAGGAAUCCCUUGAUAUGCCUAUUUUAUCUGGCGCAGCUCCGAAUCAAUUGCAGAAACGACUAUAUUCGUCCGCUCGGGCCCUAGAAACAGUGCCGGAGGUAGAUGACCCAGACCAGGCUUUACCUUCGAAUCUGGGCAUCCCACACUCCACCGGGAAAGGUCUUCCUCCUCGAAACCCUCCGAAAACUGCCUCGCUACCGACUCGCGACUAUGCCAUUACCGCGAGCUCCGUCUGUGAAACCGAUCAUCUGUAUGAAAAUGCAGAGGCACGUGCAUAUCUCGACGAGAAUCUUGAGGCCAUAUCCAAGCGACUCGAGGUGCUGACGGCAGGACAGAGAAAGAAUGCAAAAGUCAAGAAUCCUGUCUCAGUUCUGGAACUACCCGUGUUUAUGAUGGAAUACAAGAAGCAGGAUACAGAUAUUGGCAAGGGAGAAAAUCAGCACAGGCUGGCUUGCGCGUCGGCAGCGACAUUUCUUGACGUGCUGGGGCUGACCAAAAAGCCUGUUUUCAGUGGACUUACUAAUGGCCCGAGGGUAGCACUUGCGGCUGCUUGGAGUAGCGAUGGAUUCAUAGAAAUUUUCGAGCGGCAGACUCGUACCAUGGACAUCUCUACGGCGUUGGGAGCCUUCCAGUUUGCCAGCGUCCUAGCCAGACUUGCUAUCGUUUAUUCAAAAGAUCUUGUGGAUACUUUUGAUGAGAUGUCUAAACCUCUUCUCAUCAAACAACUCAAUGAUCGGGAGUUCGAGAAGCCUGACAGCAAGCUGCAGUGGAAACAACCUGUGCCUCCCAAAUCCGAGAGAGGGGAAUCCGAAGAUGCUACGAGACAGCCAGUUUAG